UUUCUGACUACAUCGUCGCUGAACAUGCAAUAGUCGGUGGAGUGAACCUUUAAGUGUAUUUUCUCUCUUUUUCUCCAUACUUAAGGGCAAAAAUGCCAGAGUACGAGUUAGCCUUAAUAGCGAAACGCCUAACAAAGGAGGGUUUCGCUUCCAUGCUUCGUCGAACAGCUUUAUUUAUAAUGAAUAAAGGAGGUGUUGUAAAGAAAAUGGAAAAUCUUGGAGAGCAAGAACUGCCUCACAGAAUGAGGGCGCAUCAUGAGUGGAAUACACAUGGAAGAUACUUCUUAAUCAACUUUAUUUUGGGAGCAGAUGGAGUCAAAGAACUGAAACAUGAGCUGGAAACAGACAUGGACCUCGUACGACCAAGAAUAGUAAAAGUUAGAAGCUGCUAUGAACCCAAGAAAAAAGCAAUUAACACUUUAGAGUGCUGGAACAGUUACAAUCCUCCCUUUAACAAAUAGUUACACCAGUUGCACUUGUACACACUCGCGCACAAAUGUCAGCAGGGUUUCAUAGUGGCUCAUUUUUUUAUUGAAAUUUGCAUUCAUUCUUGGAGAACUGUUGGUUGGUGUAAAUUCUUACACUCCAGUUGAGUGUUUCAUUAUAAAAAUGUGUCAAAUUUAAAGUAAGGACUGAGAAGUAGCAGUAAGCUUGAGAUGGGUAAUUGGUGGAUUGGGUGCGAGCCUGGAUUCUAGAUCCUUUCACUUCCAAUAUUCAAAACUCAUUCCCUUUUACUGUCUGCCAUACACUUCUUUAAAGUUUAGUUCUGAAAAUUUGGUGUAAAAUCAGACAAUCCCAUGGUUGAUAUUUGUCUUUUCUCUGUGAACUUUUAGCUUGAAAAUGUAUUUAUUUUGCAAGAAGAAAUUCCUUUUUUUUUCGGUUACUUGUGGGGGUAAAAGGGUUAAAUAGAGUUGCUUUAAAAGGCAGGAAAUUUUAUUAUUUCUUCUGUGGCUGUGUGUUGAUAGAUUUUCAUCUCGGGACACUUAAAGGAUGCCCGAGGGAUAAGGGAUACCCAAGCAGGAAAUCGGUUUUGUUAUUAUAUGGAUAUGAAAAAAAUAUAUUUGAAAAUAAUAUCUACAAAACCUUAAAGAAAGGUUUUUAAUGAAGUGAAAAGCAAGUGAACCUUUUUUUUGUGUUGUUAUGAUAACUGCUAUCGGGUUAAGAUAAAUCAUACAUGUAUACAAACAUGGGAAAAAGUUAGGCUUGACUAUUGCUUGAAAUUUUUAAACACGUGAUUUAUGUUUGUUGAUCUAUCGAACGAGUCCAACUCAUGAUUGUCUUUCUUCCUUUAUUUUGAUGCGUUUUAAAACUUUCUGUAUUCAUGAUAAUCAUUCUUACGCGUAGCUGAAGUGUUGAUUGUGAGCAUUCUCCUUCCGUCGUCGCUACUUCUUUUACUCGGAAAAGGAAGAGGAACAUUACAUCAUAAGUAGGCCAAAGAUCGGCUCGUGCAGGCCUAAAUACAGUUAAAGAACAUUCAAGCAAAGCAAGUAAACACUUUUUAUCUUUAAAGCAACAUCGGCCCUUAACUUACAAAUCUUUUCAUGAAGAACUCAAGGUAAUACGCAAACUCUACUCUCGUAUUUCCUCCCUGAGUACCGUGAGGUAUUGCUGAAUCGAUUUCAAGGCCUACUGUUGAAGUUACUACUGAAAUUCGGAUGGUGAACGAGACUGAAUCAACGGCUUUCUGGUGUUCAAUCAGUGGUAAUCCCAAGCCGAAAAUUAAGUGGAGCAGAGUGAGACUGUUAAAUGGAUCGGCAAAAGAGCAAUCGACGGUUUCAGGAGGACGACUGCAAUUGAGAAAUAUUGUAUGGGGUGACGCUGGCAUUUAUCAAUGUUUAGCGGUGAACAUCUUAGAACAAUCUCAGAAAAUAGUGCGACUGGAAGUCAAUGGUAUGUUCAGUCGUCACUUGAAUGUCUGCUGUAUAUCUUCAGGCUCUUAUAAAAUGUUCCUUCUUCA